CCUCCUUUCCUAACCGCUGCUAGGAUUUCACUCUUCCUGGGAUGCUGAAGAGAGCAGUAGUUGGUGGAAUCCUAGCCAACCCUAAGAAACAGGAUUAACCUCAACAGUUCCCCAGGGAACCUUUGAUUCAAAUUGUGAUUUGAUUUGUUUUCUGAAACAUCGAUUCUUUGGUCACAGAUUGCAGCGAUGCCUGUCUCUGGAACACCUGCUCCAACCAACAAGAGGAAGAAGCCUUCGAAAAUCAUCACAGACUUCUCAAACAUCUCACAACAUGACCAGCAAGAUGAGGAUGCUGAAGCCGCUGAACUGGACUUGGGGACCAAAAUCAAAGCCCCUAAAGAUGUGAUGUUGGAGGAGCUGUCCCUCAUGAAGAACAAGGGCUCCAAAAUGUUCAAGAUGAGACAGCAGAGGGUGGAGAAAUUCAUCAUCAGUGACGAGAACCUGCUAAACCUCCAGAACCUGGCUCCUUCUCUGGGAUGUGAAAUGGCCACUUCUCCUGAACCAUCUCCCAAACCAGAGCCACCUCAAGAGGAAGUAAAUGCUGAGGCAGAGAAGGAAAAGAGACAACGUGAGUAUGUUAAAACAUAUGUAUCCCCAUGGGAACGUGCUAUGAAAGAUGAUGAGGAACUUAAAGAAACCAUGAAGUUGAAAAUGCCGGGGCCUCAAGUUCACAAGGAACUUCCCAAGUACAAGAGUUUCAACAGAAUGGCUCUACCUUUUGGAGGAUUUGAGAAGGCCUCUCGUCUUGUCACCUUUGAGCCCCCAGAGAUCAAGGUGGCCGAUGAGGAGCCCCAGCAAAUGUCUGUGUUGCAGAAUAACCUUUGCUGUCGGCCUUCUUUCAACCGCACUCCGAUCGGCUGGAUGUGCAAUGAGGAGCACAGCCACAUCCACAUGGAGCUGGAAAACAUCCCCUUUGAUGGAGAGACUGACGACCUUUAAGAAACCUGCCCAUCAUAUGUGAACAA